AGAAAAGGUGAGCAAAUAAAGGUGUGGCUCCACUGCCAGGUAACAACGUGCGGAGGUUACUGCCACUAGAGUCACGCAGACAUUGAAGCAACAAGCACAGCUUUGGAUUCUUGGUCGAUCCGAUUGACUGUCAGCAGCGUCACUGUCAGCUGAAAGACCCGUCCACGCAUUUUACCAUCCUAUUUUUUCUUUUCUUUUUCUUUUUGAAGAGCUUGAUGUUUUUCGCUGCUUUGGGAAUGGAUAGACCCACUUUCAUUGUGAGGAGAGCAUAAAAAGGCCAGAAAGUGACUUUGCCACAUGUGAAAACAGCCACAAAAUGUUGAAUGGCAAGCAAAACAGAAGAUGCAGUGCUACACGGCCUUACUGUCUUUUCUUCAUAUUGGCACUUGCAGCAGUUUUAUUUUAUUACAGAAUAAACAUGGAUGACAGUGCAAUUGAUUGGAGACAUAAAACCUGGAUGCAAUAUAAUGCAACAAAGUGGUGGACUGGGCUGAAAAGUGGAAUCCAUGAAAAGAUUUCUCUCAUAGGAGUUAAUUGGAAACCUUCUGCCCAGGCCAUGAAAACUGGACAAACGAGUGAACUAAGUCACCUUGAAACUCAGGAGGUUGCAGAAAAUCAGUCGACCCCUGUAUCCCGGAGCCCAUAUAAUGUGGCGUACCCCUUUGAGUAUCACUUUAUUAUAAAUGAGCCCACAAAAUGUGAAGAGCAGAAACCUUUUGUGGCUCUGAUAGUUCCUGUGGCGCCCCACAACAGGCGUCAUCGUGACAUUAUCCGCAACACAUGGGGAGGGGAAAGUGUGGUGUUGGGGAAGGUGGUCAAUGUCUUCUUUCUGAUGGGGCUGCACACUGGGGAACCUGUAGAGGAGCUUGAAGAGCAUUUGCAGCAAGAGAGCAAAGAGCAUGAAGACUUGAUCCAGAGCAAUUUUCUGGACUGUUACAAUAACCUGACCAUCAAAACCAUGGUGAUGCUAGAGUGGCUCAAUUCCUACUGCUCCACUGCCACUUAUGCCAUGAAGAUCGAUUCAGACACGUACCUCAGUGUCAGAAAUCUCAUUACCAUGUUGUCAACUGCUCCAAAAACAAACUACAUGACUGGACUUGUGGCCACUAAAGCAGCAGUCCUGAGAGAUCCCACCUCCAAGUGGUAUCUCCCAGUGAAUAUUUACCCGAAACCUCUGUAUCCACGCUAUGCUCUGGGUCUGGGUUAUGUUCUGUCUUUGGACCUGCCUAAAAGGCUUGUGGAAGCUACCAGACAUGUCAAAGCCAUUUACAUUGAAGAUGUGUACUUGGGGUUGUGCAUGGAAUACCUGGGUAUCCCUCUCACAGACCCUCCAAAUUGGGAUUACUUCCAUGUCUUCCCUGUGCCAUACAAUCGUUGUGCUUAUUCCAAACUUGUUGUCACCACCUUAGAUGGAGAUACCAAUCUCACGUGGGUUUGGAAAGACUUACACGAAGCAGGGAAGGCCUGCUGAUCUGUCAAAAUAUGAUUUGCACUACUAUUUUACAGUAUAUGAAAAUGUCCUUCCGCCGAAUAUCUGAAAUGUUGUAAUGACCAAUAAACAAGCAGGACAAAACUAUCAAGACCUUAUUGUUAGAUCAGCCUGAUCUCCUCUGAAGUUCACAUUUUUAUUCAUGUAGUCGCUGACGUUUCUGAUCUUGUCUACUGGGUGAGUGACAAUAACUUGGACAAAAAUGUGUUUGCUGCUUUCUGUGGCGUUCAAAGUUUUAAAUUGUACAUUACAACAAUUUGUGUCGGAAUUUACAAAACGUUCACCUCGUUAAUGAGUGGACAAUUUGAAUAAGUACAUUGCUAAAAUGUAACUAACACAUUUAAGUUCAGAGCUCAAACAGUAGAGGACAUAUUCACGCCACUGUAUACAUGACGCCAAGCAUUACAGCUCUUGUGUUUUUAAAGAUGUGUUUCAACACGUCUCUACCUUGAACAACCUGCAUUUAAGAAACGCAGACAUCACACGUCCUGCCAUGACUCUCAGCAUUUUGCACUCACUGAAUAGCAGGCAAGUAACUUUAUAUUCACAGGGUAAAUGCAUGGUCCUACUUCCUGCUGAACGUCAAAGUCAAGGUGAGAAGCUCAAAAAUGAAUGAAUGAAUGAAUGAAUAUAUUGGUUAGCUUUUAUUUUCAGCAGACUAGCAGUCCUUCUGUUAUCUGAUGGAAACAUUUGCAUGUUGCAACAAGCCCCUACAUGUUUUGUUUGCAUCACAUGUACAGCUUGGACGGUGGAGCA